AUUAUAAACUGCAAACCAAAUUACUGUGGAGAUAUCAGCUAGAUAAGCAAACUGCAGACAGAGUGUAGCACACGCACAGCAAAGGACCCAGCUUUCAGGCCCCAAGCACAGCGUGAUUCCAAGGGAGAUCCGGAGGAGAUGGAAGGGAAGAGCCGGGUGCCGGAGGUGACCAUCGUCCCGGCGCCUAGGCCGGCGGCUGGCGCUGGCUCCGUGGACGCGGCUAAGGCGGCGGGUAAGGAGCCGAUCAGCCCGGGCACGCCGUCCUCGGCGGACGCCGGCCGCGGCCGCAGCGGCAAGGAGAGGCGCGCGGAGGAGGGCGUCUCCCUGCCCGGGUGGAAGCUCGACGCCCUCUGCCAGGAGUCCUGCCCGUCGCCGGCCAUGAGGGCGCGCUUCCUCUACUUCUGAGGCCAAGCCGCCCACGCGCGCGCGCGCCGGUGAUGGCGCUCGCUCUGCAGGCCUAACGAUGUUCAUGUUCCUGGGCGUCGUGCCGUCGUCUCGUCUUCUUGCUCAGGAUUUUCUUUUGUGCUGUGCAUGUACAUACGACUCCAUCGAUCUCGGAGCUUUUGUGUGUUUUGUCAGAGUUUCAGUCCAUCAGUCAGUUGCCUGUAUCCAAUUAUCUGGUAAUCUGAAGCAAUUGCAAUCAUACCGUAUCCAAUUAUCCAUCA